UUCCGAUUUCAAUUCAACGCGGUUAAAUCUACAGGUAACCUAGCUCUACAUUGAAAAGACAGUAUGUUUAUCUCCUUAUUACAAACUACGAGUUUUUUUGCGAAUUUAUUUAUUAUUAUUAUAUUAUAGAUUUUCUAUCUACGCUGUGUGCACAUAAUAAUAGUUCAUGAAUACUAAUACGUUAUUCAUAUGCUACGAUACAAAUCUCUUGUUCAGUAGACAGGUAGACGCCAGGAGAUACUUCUCUACUCCCAUUUUAUAUCCAGAUAUAGAUUAUGCAGACAGAACAGGUAUUACUCCUGAUGCACUGAGUUCGGCGGGCAUUGAAGCGAGUGACCGCGCUGUAGCAUUCGGAAACACCAGUUCGUAACUGGCGGAAAUUACCGAUGGUAGCCGAACGCCUCUCGCUCGGAGUACACGUGGGUUAGACCCGGCAAUGAAUGUGAUGGGUUCGACAGAUACACAGUCGGUUGGAAACCAUCAGAAGUGAUACAGGACCUCAAGAUGCCUCCGAUAGGCAGUGGUCAGGAGGGCCAGCUUUUGGAUGCGGUGGACGACAAUAAACAACCAAACGGACAGUCGUCAACACCAGCAGGAGAUCAACCAAACACUGUUGUUGAGUUAAAAAAGAGGAUCACGUUGUGGAAUGGAGUGGCGAUCAUUGUCGGAUCUAUCAUAGGCUCGGGUAUAUUUGUCAGCCCUAAAGGUGUAUUGAAACAUACAGGAUCGGUCGGUUUGGCGUUGGUUGUCUGGUCAGGAUGUGGGGUGCUGUCGCUGAUUGGGGCAGUGUGUUACGCGGAGCUCGGAACAACUAUUGCAAGGUCCGGAGGAGACUAUGCCUACAUCCUGGAGGCGUUCGGACCAUUCUGUGCAUUCCUUCAACUCUGGGUAAAUUUAAUAAUUAUUCGACCUACAGCUCAAGCUAUUGUGGCCUUGACCUUUGCAAAUUAUGCACUUCAACCCUUCUUCGUUGACUGUGUUGCGCCCGACACUGCAGUUCGUCUGUUGGCAGCAUUGUGCAUUAGUAUUCUGACGUUUGUGAACAUGGCCAGUGUGAAGGCUGCCACUCGGAUCCAGGACUUGUUCACAAUAGCCAAGCUUCUCGCCCUAGUCAUCAUCACCAUCGCUGGCAUCGUCAUGAUGAGCCUAGGUGAAACUGAGCACCUAGCCACAGGCCUUGAAGGGUCGUCUGACAGUGUCGGGGAUAUAUCGUUAGCUUUCUACUCCGGUCUCUUUGCUUAUGCUGGAUGGAAUUUCCUCAACUUUGUUACAGAGGAAAUGAUAGAUCCUUUUAAAAACCUUCCCCGAGCCAUCUACAUAUCCAUCCCUAUAGUAACGGUUGUCUACGUGAUGGCCAACGUGGCAUACUUCGCAGUCAUUUCACCAGCAGAUAUCUUAUUAUCAAAUGCCGUAGCUGUGACAUUCGGAGAUCGCCUGUUUGGUGUUAUGGCCUGGAUCAUGCCUGUGUUUGUGGCACUCUCCACAUUUGGAGGUGUGAAUGGACUACUCUUCACUUCAGGAAGAAUGUUUUUUGUGGGUGCUCGUGAGGGGCAUUUACCAGACUUCCUAGCUAUGAUCAACGUGAAUCGUUUCACGCCGCUACCUGCAAUGUUUUUUACGGGUUCUAUGUCAAUCCUGAUGCUGGUGUCCAGUGACGUGUACGCCCUCAUCAAUUACCUCAGCUUCGUCCAGUGGCUGUCAGUCGGGGCAUCCAUCCUAGGGAUGUUGUAUCUGAGAAAAACUAAACCAAACCUGCCCAGACCUAUUAAGUUUCCCAUUUUCAUACCAGUUAUAUUUUUGGUGGCUGUGGUCUUCUUGCUGAUCGUGCCACUUUAUGCAGCGCCUCGGGACACAGGGAUGGGAGUCCUUAUUGUGUGCUCGGGAAUUCCUGUCUAUAUAAUCGGCGUCAAGUGGAAGAGUAAACCCAAGUCUUUCAACACUUUUGUUCAAAAAAUUACCAAACUUGCUCAGAAGCUGUUUCUUGUGGUAUCAGAAGAGAAGGAAAUCGACGACACAGACACGGAGAAAAUUGAGCAUGUAGAGUAACGCGUCAGUUGUCAUUGUCACUGUUUAUAGUACAGCCUAUAUUGAUGCUCAGUGUUAAUGAAUUGUCUAGCAUUGUCUAGUUGUAAGCACGUUCAGUAUCAGAUUCUGUUUAUCCAGGGUACAUAAUCUAUCUGAGACUUAGUUUUUAGUUGUGAUAAUGAAGGUUAAGAAAAUAAGUUUGCUGUUUGUUCAACCUGAACAUUUAGAACAAGAAAGUCAACAGUUUGAACUAUCAGAAAUACCGUAUUUUCUUGAGUAUAGUGCGCACCCAUGUAUAAUGCGCACCCCCCUCUAGCGGGGUCAAUAUUUUGGAAAAAAAGAAAUUUGAAUAUUAUGCGCAGAAAAAUAUUAC